GCCAUAGUCCCGCCCCCCGCUGUCCCACGUGGUCCCCGCUGUCUCCCACAUGGCGCUGCUCGCUGUGCUCUGCCUGGAGGAUGGAACCCGCAUCACCGGCCGCAUGUGCGGGGCCCCCGGGCCGGCCUCCGGGGAGAUCGUUUUCCAGACUGGCAUGGUUGGGUACCCUGAAGCACUCACAGACCCCUCCUAUAAGUCUCAAAUCCUUGUCCUCACAUACCCACUGAUUGGAAACUAUGGGAUACCUCAGGAUGAAGUGGAUGAGUUUGGACUGAGCCGGUGGUUUGAAUCGAACCGGAUCCACGUGUCUGCCUUAAUUGUGGGCGAGUGUUCCCAGAACCCCAGUCACUGGAGCAGGUCACUGACAUUAGACCAAUGGCUGAAGGAGCAGAACAUCCCUGCUUUGGAAGGUGUGGACACCCGUGCUCUCACAAAGAAGAUCCGAGAGAAGGGCACCAUGCUUGGGAAGCUCAUUCCGGAGGGUAUGGAAGAAAGUCAGAUCCCGUAUGUGGAUCCUGGGAAGCAGAAUCUGGUGCAGGAAGUGUCCGUGAAGGAGCCCCGUGUGUUCAAUGCUGGAGCUUCCGUAAAGAUUGCGGUUUUGGACUGUGGUCUGAAGUACAACCAGAUUCGCUGCUUGUGUCAGAGGGGGGCUGAGGUGACAGUGCUUCCCUGGGACCAUGCUGUGGACCCUGCAGGAUUCGAUGGGCUGUUUAUCAGUAACGGACCUGGGGACCCUGUAUUUUGCCAACAGACCAUACGCAACAUUAAACAAUUCCUAGCCGGAGACAGUCCUAAACCCCUGUUUGGAAUCUGCUUGGGGCAUCAGAUCCUCUCCCUGGUUAUUGGGGCGAAGACUUUCAAGAUGAAAUAUGGAAACCGAGGUCACAAUCAGCCUUGUAUCCACGAGGGUUCCCAGCGCUGUUUCAUUACCUCCCAGAAUCACGGCUAUGCUGUGGACCCGAGCACGUUGCCAGACGGCUGGUCCGCUUUGUUCACCAAUGCGAAUGACAAGACUAAUGAGGGUAUAGUCCACGACAGCAAGCCUAUAUUCAGUGUUCAAUUCCACCCAGAGCAUUGUGCAGGGCCCAUGGAUCUGGUGUCCCUGUUUGAUGUGUUCUUGGAUACCGUACGGGAUGUGAAGGCUGGGGCAGUGGAAGGCAGAACAGUGAAGCAGCGUGUGAGAGAUCUUCUCACGUACAAAGACAACCCGAAUGUUUCUGACCUAGAAAAGACUCGCCCUCGCAAGGUGCUGAUCCUCGGCUCUGGGGGCCUGUCGAUUGGUCAGGCUGGGGAGUUUGAUUAUUCUGGAUCCCAGGCCAUUAAAGCUCUGAAGGAGGAGAACAUACAGACUGUGCUCAUUAAUCCCAACAUUGCCACAGUGCAGACAUCGAAAGGCCUGGCAGACAAAGUGUAUUUCCUGCCACUGACCCACGACUACGUAACUCAGGUGAUAAAGAACGAACGUCCAGAUGGUAUUCUGCUAACGUUCGGUGGUCAAACGGCGCUGAACUGUGGUGUGGAACUGACAAAGCGUGGUAUUCUGGAAAAGUACAAUGUGCGGGUCCUUGGCACUCCAGUGUCAUCUAUAGAAAUGACAGAAGACCGGAAGAUUUUUGUAGAGAAAAUGGAGGAGAUUGGGGAACAUGUGGCCCCUAGUGAGGCUGCUUUCUCCUUGGAGCAGGCUCAGGCUGCUGCCGAUCGUCUUGGGUAUCCGGUUCUGGUUCGUUCCGCCUAUGCAUUGGGGGGAUUGGGCUCUGGGUUUGCCAACACGAAAGAAGAGCUGACGGCUUUGGUUUGCCAGGCUUUUGCCCACACCACUCAAGUUCUGGUGGACAAAUCUCUGAAGGGCUGGAAGGAAAUUGAGUAUGAGGUUGUGAGAGACGCUUAUAACAACUGUGUGACGGUGUGUAACAUGGAGAAUGUGGACCCCCUUGGUAUUCACACUGGGGAGUCCAUUGUGGUGGCUCCGAGUCAGACUCUGAAUGAUCAUGAAUAUAACAUGUUGCGUGACACAGCCAUUAAAGUCAUCCAGCACCUGGGCAUCGUAGGCGAAUGCAACAUUCAGUACGCUCUGAAUCCGGAAUCUGAACAGUAUUACAUAAUUGAAGUGAAUGCCCGACUGUCACGCAGUUCUGCUCUUGCAAGUAAAGCCACUGGAUACCCUCUUGCAUAUGUGGCCGCCAAGCUGGCGCUGGGAAUACCCCUGCCCGUUCUCAGGAAUUCGGUCACUAAUUCCACCACAGCCAACUUUGAGCCUAGUCUGGACUAUUGUGUGGUGAAGAUUCCCCGCUGGGAUCUUAGUAAAUUCCUCCGAGUCAGCACCAAGAUUGGGAGCUCCAUGAAAAGUGUUGGUGAGGUGAUGUCUGUUGGAAGAAACUUUGAAGAAGCCUUUCAGAAGGCCCUCCGAAUGGUGGAUGAGAACUGCGUGGGGUUUGAUCACACUAUAAAGUCUGAAUCAGAUGAGGAGCUGGAGACUCCCACGGAUAAGAGAAUCUUCGUGCUGGCCGCUGCCCUACGUGCUGGGUACACCAUUGAUCGGCUGUAUGAGCUAACAAAGAUUGACCGCUGGUUCUUGCAUAAAAUGAAGAAUAUAACAGAUCAUUUGUCCACCCUGGAGGUUUACCAGGAUGACGAGAAGGACAUGCCUCGCGAUGUGCUUCUUCGAGCUAAGCAGCUGGGGUUCUCUGAUAAGCAGAUUGCUCAGGCUGUGCAGAGCACAGAGUUAGCUGUCCGCAAGAUGCGCAAGGAAUGGAAUAUCCUUCCGGUGGUAAAGCAGAUUGAUACAGUUGCUGCAGAGUGGCCGGCCCAGACAAACUACCUGUACCUGACGUAUAAUGGUACCGAGCAUGACUUGGAUUUCCAGGAGCCACAUGUCAUGGUGAUUGGAUCUGGCGUUUACCGCAUUGGGAGCAGUGUGGAGUUUGACUGGUGCGCAGUAGGCUGUAUCCAGGAAUUGCGCAAGAUGGGCUUUAAGACAAUCAUGGUCAAUUACAACCCAGAGACAGUGAGCACAGAUUACGACAUGUGUGACCGUCUGUACUUUGAUGAAAUGUCCUUUGAGGUGGUGAUGGAUAUCUAUGAGCUGGAAAACCCAGAGGGAAUCAUUCUUUCAAUGGGAGGUCAGCUGCCCAAUAAUAUCGCCAUGUCACUUCACCGUCAGCAAUGCCGCGUGCUGGGAACAUCUCCUGAAGCUAUUGACUCUGCAGAAAACCGCUUCAAGUUCUCUCGUCUGCUGGACACCAUUGGAAUAAGCCAACCCCAGUGGAAGGAGCUGUCUGAUCUGGAGUCAGCCUUCCACUUCUGUAGCAGCGUGGGCUACCCAUGCGUGGUGCGUCCAUCCUACGUCCUCAGUGGGGCCGCUAUGAACGUAGCUCAUUGCGAUGUAGACCUGGAGAAGGUUCUGAGCAACGCUGUGGCUGUUUCCAAGGAGCACCCUGUUGUUAUCUCCAAAUUCAUCCAGGAAGCCAAGGAGAUAGAUGUGGAUGCUGUGGCUUGUGAUGGCGUGGUGGUUGCUAUGGCAAUAUGUGAACAUGUAGAAAAUGCUGGGGUGCACUCUGGAGAUGCUACACUCGUGACCCCUCCUCAGGACAUCACACCUAAAACUUUGGAGCGGAUCAAAGCCAUUGUCCAUGCGAUUGGAUUGGAGCUCCAGGUCACCGGUCCCUUUAACCUGCAACUUAUAGCAAAGGAUGACCAGCUCAAGGUGAUUGAAUGCAAUGUGAGAGUGUCACGUUCGUUCCCCUUUGUUUCUAAAACCCUGGGGGUGGAUAUGGUGGCUUUGGCCACGCAGGUCAUAAUGGGUGAGGAGGUGGAACCAAUUGGACUUAUGACUGGGACAGGAAUAGUAGGCGUCAAGGUUCCACAGUUCUCCUUCUCUCGCCUGGCUGGAGCAGAUGUCGUGCUUGGUGUUGAGAUGACCAGUACGGGAGAGGUCGCCUGCUUUGGCGAGAACAGAUACGAGGCUUAUCUGAAGGCAAUGCUGAGCACAGGUUUCAAAAUCCCCCAAAAGAAUAUCCUGCUGACUAUUGGGAGUUACAAGAAUAAGAGUGAGCUCCUGCCAACAGUACGCGCCUUGGAAAGCAUGGGGUACAGUCUGUGUGCCAGCCUGGGUACCGCAGACUUCUACACGGAGCAUGGCAUAAAGGUGAAGGCCAUGGACUGGCCCUUUGAGGAGACAGAGAGUGAUGGUCCUCUGAAGGAGAAGCAGAGGAGUAUUAUGGAUCAUCUCUGUGAGAACCACUUUGAUUUGGUCAUUAAUCUGUCCAUGCGCAACUCUGGUGGGCGCAGACUGUCUUCUUUUGUUACCCGUGGAUACCGUGCCCGCAGGCUGGCUGUGGAUUACUCUGUGCCCCUCAUCAUCGAUAUCAAGUGCACAAAGCUCUUUGUAGAGGCUCUGCGUCAGAUUGGAUCUUUUCCUCCUGUGAAGACUCACGUAGACUGCAUGACCUCCCAGAAACUAAUUCGGCUGCCAGGUUUGAUAGAUGUCCAUGUGCACCUACGAGAACCUGGAGCUACUCACAAAGAGGACUUCUCUUCGGGCACCGCUGCAGCCCUGGCUGGGGGCGUAACCAUGGUUUGUGCCAUGCCCAACACAAACCCUGCCAUCACAGACAGCAGCUCCUUCUCUCUGGCACAGAAGUUGGCUGAAGCCGGCGCUCGCUGUGACUUUGCCAUUUUCUUGGGCGCUUCCUCAGAGAAUGCUGGGUCCCUCGCUCCUCUCGCUAGUGCAGCUGCGGGCCUCAAGAUGUAUUUGAACGAUACUUACUCACAACUCAAGAUGGACAACGUAUCUGUAUGGAUGGAGCACUUUGAAAAAUGGCCGUCACACCUGCCCAUUGUGGCCCAUGCAGAAGGUCAGACUGUGGCUGCAAUCCUGAUGGUGGCACAGCUUUACCAGCGAUCUGUGCACAUAUGCCACGUGGCAAAGAAGGAAGAGAUUCUCAUCAUUAAGGCUGCCAAGCAGAAGGGCAUCCAAGUGACGUGUGAGGUGGCCCCUCACCACCUCUUUCUCUGCCUCGAUGACCUGGACCGAAUCGGCCAGACACGGGGACAAGUGCGCCCCAUGUUAGGGACACGGGAGGAUUUAGAAGCAUUGUGGGAAAACUUGGAUAUUAUAGACUGCUUUGCCACAGAUCACGCUCCUCAUUCUGUGGAGGAGAAAGACGGCCCAAAUUCUCCUCCUGGGUACCCCGGUCUUGAGACCAUGCUGCCCCUUCUCCUGACUGCGGUUAGCGAUGGACGUCUUACCAUGGAUGACCUUAUCAAGCGUCUGUAUGAGAACCCUCGGAAGAUCUUCUCUCUGCCCACUCAGGAGAACACGUACAUUGAAGUUGAUCUGGAGCAUGAGUGGGUUAUACCCCCAAGCAUGCAGUUCACAAAGUCCCACUGGACCCCGUUUUAUGGGAUGAAGGUGAAGGGUGCAGUGCGCAGAGUGGUGUUGCGUGGAGAAGUGGCGUACAUUGAUGGCCAGGUUCUCGUUCCCAUGGGUUACGGGCAGGAUGUGAGGAAAUGGUCACCAACCGUUGCUCCCCAGACUCAGCCAGUGCCCAGCAAAGAACUUCUGAAGACCCCAGAACAUCGUCAUGUGACAGUACUAAGUGAGACUGUGCGCAGUCGAGCGCCCAGCCCACGUCGAGCAGGUCCAACUGGUGAUGGACGCUUCCACCUGCCACCUAGAAUUCACCGCGCUUCUGACCCAGGAUUGCCAGCUCCGAGGAAACUGACGGUAUCGCAGUGUCGUGGGACAGCCACAAAGAUCGAAUCUGCUCUGUUGGAGUGUCCGGAGCUAAUCCUGGGCUCAGCUGAGGACCAGAAAGAGAAGCUUCCCAAGAAACCCUCGGAAUCAGAAACUGUAAUAAACCAGGAUGGAUUCCCUUACCCUCCCCCCAUUCCGAGGUUGUCCCCACAGAACAUGUCCAUGCAAAGUGUUCCACAUGUGCAGACAUCACCUCUCCUGCACCCGCUAAUUGGGCAACAUAUUUUAAGUGUAAAACAGUUCAGCAAAGAUCAGAUGUCUCACCUGUUUAACGUGGCUCACACACUCCGUAUGUUGGUGCAGAAGGAGAGGAGUCUGGAGAUCUUAAAGGGGAAGGUAAUGGCCUCUAUGUUCUUUGAGGCCAGCACACGGACCAGCAGUUCCUUUGCAGCGGCCAUGCAACGCCUUGGGGGUUCGGUCAUCUCUUUUUCAGAGUCCACAUCGUCUUCUCAGAAAGGAGAAUCCCUGACGGACUCGGUGCAGACCAUGAGCUGCUACGCCGAUGUGCUGGUACUGAGGCACCCACAACCUGGUGCUGUGGAGCUGGCAGCCAAACAUUGCCGGAAACCGGUGAUUAAUGCUGGGGAUGGUGUUGGUGAGCACCCCACACAGGCUUUGCUCGAUAUCUUCACCAUCAGAGAAGAGUUGGGAACAGUCAAUGGAAUGACGAUAACGAUGGUUGGGGAUUUAAAACACGGCCGCACAGUUCACUCCCUUGCCUGCCUUUUGACUCAGUACCGUGUCAACCUGCGAUAUGUUACCCCGCGCAGCCUGCGGAUGCCCUCAAAGAUCAUACACUUUGUGGCUUCUAAAGGAAUUAAACAGGAAGAGUUUGACAGCAUUGAGGAGGCCCUGCCCGAUACUGAUGUGGUGUAUAUGACUCGGAUACAGAAGGAGCGCUUCGAGUCCCAGGAGGAGUAUGAAAACUGUUUUGGGCAGUUUAUCCUCACACCGCAUAUUAUGACCAGGGCUAAGAAGAAGAUGGUGGUCAUGCAUCCAAUGCCACGUGUCAAUGAGAUCAGUUUGGAAGUAGAUUCAGACCCCCGUGCCGCAUACUUUCGCCAAGCUGAAAAUGGCAUGUUCGUCCGAAUGGCUCUCUUGGCCACAGUGCUUGGCAAAUACUGAGUAUGGACAUCUCAAGCAAUCCAUGAACUGGACCAAACCACUCCAUGCACUAGUAGGGGUUAGAGCUGCAAAUUAAGAGAUAAAUCGCUCAAUCAUUCUUUUUUGGAAUCCUCCCCUCUUUGCUAACCGAGUAGUACUGUGCACGAAAAAGGAUCCUUGUUAUAUCACCAAGGAGUGUCCCAGCUACUCUCUGCCCAUCCUGACUGUACUAUCUCCAUCUGUUAUUUUACCCUGAACAAAAGCAAUGGCUAAUGUAUUCAACAGCCCGAUCCAUCCUAACUGUACGAUUACCAUCCGCCCUGACUAUUCUCCCUAUAAAUUGGAUGUUUCACAUGACUGUUAUUGGGGAUUCACUCUUAUUGUUACCUAGGUUAGGGGCCCACCUCCUUUCCAUUCUGAAGGUUCAUUGUUGACAGCAAUACACUUCCUGCAUGUUGGAUUCAGAGGAGAUUUCUUAACCAGGUGUGGGUGGCUUGCAGAGACUCUACAUUGAGCUGCACUGGUUUGGUGGUGAGAUUAACCAGAGGAGGAGAUCACCAGUGGGCCAAGCGCUGAAGACACUUUUCUAUGAAUAUUACCCCGUUUCUAUGGUUAUUUACAAAAUCAUUUUAACUUCACCUUAAACUAUCAUCUGGAAGUUUAAAACUGUCACAAAUGCUGAUCGUUCAUAUAAUCCUUUUCUAAAAUAAGUUUUCUAAGAGCAAGUUUGGAGCCAUCUGUGACCCCGGUUAGUGGAUCUGAUGGGAUUUUCCUUCAUGAGUUAAUAUCUGCUGGUGAAGCUGCAGUCAUCGCAAGGUUUUCCUGUAACCAGCUUGUUUCUAAACCAAUGAGGACUGCAAAUACACCACCUCCUAGUGGUGCAGAGCAUUCCCUGUACCCUGGUAGGAGGAGGGUAUUUUAGGUUUGAAGCUGUAUAAUUGCAUAGGGGUAGCCUAUUUAUAGGCUUUGCGCUUGGCAUCAAAGCCAACCAGAUAAGUCUUUGCACUAUUUGUUGGCAGGGUCACAAUCUGCUCGGUUCUCACUUGUAACUACAUAGGUCUGAAUUGAAUUUCAGUCUCUAUUGGUAAGGUCAGUCAUCUCACUACUAUCAAAUAAUGGAAGGGUCUUUACAGUCCUCAUGGGUUGGGUCACAACUUGGUCCUCUCACUGUAAUCCGAUAGGGGUCUUCAGGGGUGGAGUCACAGUUCAGCAUUUUCACUCUCAUUCAAUAAGUGUGAUUGGUCUUUACAUUCCUUGUGGGUGGAGUCACAGUUGAGAAGGCUUAGUUUAACCAGAUAGGGAUGAGGAGUCCCUUAGUAAUUGGUGGGCUCAGUUUCUUUCUGGUUUAUAUUGGAUCAUGCCUUGCUUCUUGCUGCUUUAUUUAAUUAGAUGCUGGUAGAGGAACGAAGGACUGAGAAGAAAGAAAUGCUGCUGGGUUUUUGAUGUCAAUGUGUAGGUCAUGCUUAUGUGAAAUUUUUCUAAAUAAAUGAAAUGCACCCCAUAAAA